AUGAGCACGUCGUUCCAAAUCAGCCAUAUGAUCUGCAUUGUCGAAGGUUACGAGAGACUAACAUUCGAUCGAGAUCGUCUUUCAGAACUUCGAAGACCAGAUGGUCCAAUUGACGUUGAUCGCUUGUCUCAAGUAAGUCAUAUAAAUUCUGGAAAAUGUGCACACUUUUGUUAUUUUCUCAGCUCUAUGACAAAGCAAAGGCAUUGCAGCCGAAGAUUCAUGACCUCAAAACUAUGGUUGAGCAGAGAAAACGGCGAGAGUCCAUCAACGAGGCCGUAAGGCACCUGAAUGAAAUGUACAAUGUUCUCGUCAAUUUGUGCCAACAGUUGACAGCCCACAAGGGCAAUGCAGACGCAAUGAAUAGAGUUUUGAGAUACGGCAAUGACUGGGAUGGAGUACAUUGUCCCAUUGACAAGAAUCUUCUUGCGAAACUCAAAGAUACACAACAGUACAUCAAAGUGUGCGAGGAGAAAGCAAAACGUUUUCUUGACUAAUUAUUGUCGUGUUGUUUAUUUAAAAACAAAAAGAAGUGUAUACCUGAACUUUUUUCUCUCUCUUAUCAACAAGAAAGACAACUUAACGCAUGGAAAAAACAGUUUAAUUAUCUUUUCCUACACAUGCUAGAAUUCGAACAUUUUUCAGGCAAAAGAGUAGUAAAAAGAACAUACGACAAAAUUCCAACGUUUCCAUCAUUUUGUUCUGAUUACAAAAGAGUUAAACAAAUGUUUCUAUCGAAAUCGAAGCCAAUAGAGGACCUGAAAUGGUGAAAUAAGUUUUUUCCUUCGCUCGCUGUCGUCUUCUUCUUUCCACAGAGAUGCACAAAAUGAAUCGAGCCAGUAAGAGGAGACAACAGAACCAAAACAGAAGUGUUUCUUUUUUCGACAAUAAAAUUUGACAAAACAUAUCUUCGACAAAUAACAUGGGAUUCGAAACAAGACAAGUUGUUUUCUUGCAGAUGACAAACUCACAGAUUUUUUGGGAACAACUUAACGUCUCG